UUCCUAACUUACCUAUUGCGGAUUCAACUCCAUUGUUGAUAGCUUGUCUAUCAGCUGCAACCAAAAAAGUCUUGGCAAAACGAAAAAUCCCCCAAUGUAAAUGACCGACACAACUUACAUGUUUGUACCUCCGACUGUUUCAUCCCAUCGGCAAACGCUAGCUGUCUUUUUUAAGCCGGAUUGUUGUUUCUAAGUCUUCUUAACCUUCGCUUUCUUCCUUCCCUUCUUCACUUUCAAUGCUCAUAUCUUCUUCGCUUCUGUUGAUGGCCGCUGCUGCGGUCGUGGCUGCUCCAACUGAAGAUAUCACGCCCGAGAAGCGUAUCCUACGAGUCCCGUUCGAGAAAGUGGCUAGACCAAACGGUCAUCGACUGAUUAAAAGAGAUCCGUUUCAAACCUCGCUUUACAAUGACGAUGGUUCUCAGUAUCUUAUAAACGUAAAUAUCGGCACACCACCUCAAAGCUUUUCAGUGGCCUUAGAUACUGGCAGUGCUGACUUAUGGGUGCCUGGUACGAACUGCCCGAACAACAUUUGCCCAUACGCAAAGUUCGACCAAACCAAGUCGUCUACAUUCAACGCAACCAACCAACAGUUUGGUAUCGUUUAUGGCAGCGGCAGUGCUAACGGCACUUACGUUCAAGAUACAGUUAGCGUGGCCGGAGCCACUGUGUCCAAUCAACAGUUCGGCCUUGUUACGACGACAAAGGAUAUUCUGACCCAACAAGGUUCGCUAGGAGGUGGAAUUGGCUCCAGCCCCAGCGUGUCUCAGAAUAGCUCAACUGUCUCAGAUGGUAUCUUUGGUCUUGGCUAUCCACAGCUGACGGCAUCUACCAGCGAUGGUGGCAGUGUGUACAAUCCCUUUGUAUUCAACCUUGUGUCUCAAAAAGUCAUCUCGGAUCCAGUGUUUAGUAUCUACCUAAACAGUGCGUCAGCUACUGGUAAUUCCGGUGAAAUCAUCUUUGGAGGGGUUGACCAAUCAAAGUAUUCAGGUGACUUGGCCUACAUGCCCGUGGCUGGGCUGACAUCAGGCUCAAGCAAUCCAUUAGACACUAUCUUUGGCAAUUCAGGCAACUCUCAAGUAUAUGCCUACUGGAUGGUGUAUGGUCAGGGAUUCACUGUUACGAAUGGCAUCAGUACUCCAAAUAUCAGCAUGUCGAGCACUUUCCCGGUCAUUUUGGACACGGGUACCACUCUGACCUACUUGCCUGCUAAAGUCGCUCAACAAAUUGCCUUAUCGGUAGCCUCACAGAAUGACAUAGCCCUUGACUCUUCGGCUGGUGUCUACGUUAUUGGAUGUGAUGUGGCCAACUCCAAUGCUGAAAUCCAAAUCCAGUUUUCUACUUCGGACAAGCCUAGUUCAACACCUAUUACCUUCAAUGUCCCGGUUUCACAACUGGUCAUCCCUCUGGAUACCACCUCCGCCAGUACCGCUUCUCAGUGCAUUUUCGGUAUUGCCCCAUCUUCCACAGGCAGUCUCAGCACUAGUUCCAAUCUUUAUCUCGUUGGUGACUCCAUGCUCCGAAGUGCCUAUAUGGUCUUUGAUAUGGGUCAAAAUAGAGUCGGCUUGGCGGCCGCUAAUGGAGUAGGUGGCAGUGUCAACGGAAAUAGCGGAAGCUCUUCUUCUAGUUCAAGCGCUGCUAGUACGAUGUCAAGCCCAGUCGUAUCCUCCGUCAUUGUCGCUUCUGCUAUUUUGGCUUUCAUGUUCAUGUAAAUGACGUAUUUCGACCUAACCCAUACAUGAGCGACAUGUAGCAAGUUGCCAUUGUUAUAGCGGUGUGAUAUUAAUGUUCCAAUCACCACCCCUACCAAUCGCUCACCUCUUGCAUGUCUACAUACUUUUUUUUUCUUUCUGUUUUCUCACUUGAUACGUUUUCUCCGCUCAAGUGCUAGAUAUAAUUUAUCACUGUUGUACUUUAUUAGAACCGAAAAUUCACGUUCAAGAGAGUUUGUAUAAUAAACCUAUCAUAUCACCACAUCAUCGUG